CCCUGGGGGCCUGACUCCUUUCUUUAAAGAUCCUAUCUUCCAGGGGUGUCAUUACCCGUCUCAUUUUCUGUGCAGGCCGGGGAAGGUCAAACUUGAUGGUUAAAGCUCUUUGUCAGCACGGUUUCACCUUUUACAGUUGCAUGGAUAGGAAGCCUUGACAAAUCUUUGUUCUUUCAGACAAUUUUCCUCCCCUCACACACCCCUCAGCUUUUUGUCAAGUACGUUUUACUUGACAAAUUGACUUUUGACCACAUAAGUUUAUUGUCUGGUUAGACGGGAACAACAAGAGUGCAGUGAUGAUGUCAGAGUUUCCAUGUAAUUGUCAUGAUGUAGUGGUGCUACAAAACCAGCCAUCUGGUCCGCCGUAAUGCACAGUGUUUCGUCAUUUUUGCUUUCUCCCCUCUGUGUCCCUUCAAAUCUCCCCAGUGGUUUGUCCACCUCUUCCUGUUUAAGAACUGGGGGAACAACCGCCAUUCUGGGAACACUGGUGUGGCCAGAUUGGUAUAGGAUAGAAUAGGAUGGUAUGAUUACAGAUGGCUUCAAGGUUCCUUGUUUUGUUCUGUUGGUGCCGCUCCCUUGGAUGGAGGGAAGGGUAUUGGUGACAUAGUUGCAUUUGUUGUCUUUUCAUGGAUACAUUAAUUCACAAAGAGACCCGUGUUCCUUUGCUACAACUACGUCAACACCUCCCUCUUCCAGUUCUGUUAGCAUAUAUCUAAUGGAAACCUGCAACAUUUGAAUAGCCCGCUAUAUUAUCCAACAUUUGAGCAUGACUUCAGAUUUGCAUUUAUGGGUCUAUCAUAAAACAAUUACUAGAAUGGCACACAAUCAACCACUUUAUUGCUGAAUGUUUCAGGUUUAAAAGGCCUUCAGUUGGUAACAGCGUUCUCUCUCAUGUCCUCAGAUGAUAACUGGACUGUGUGUUCCAGGGGAACCAGGGUCAUCAGGGCAUAGCAAUGACCAGUUCACGGAUCUGAACUGUUUAUAAAUAUUUGAUGGUCGAUUUCAUGCCCCCAAACCAGUAUGCAAAAGUGGCACAAAUGUGUUGUUUAUUCAGCUCUCUAUGUUUCCAUCAGCUGACCAUGUUAAACAUUUAUGACCCACUCACACACAGUUGGCAUUUUUGUUAAUGUCAGCAGACGAUAGACCCCUUGGAUUUAAAUCAAACUACACACAACACACACACACACACACACACACACACACACACACACACACACACACACACACACACACACACACACACACACACACACACACACACACACACACACACACACACACACACACACACACACACCACACACCCAGACACAUACACACAGAGCCUCAUUAAUACCCGCUCUAAUUUGUUCUCCCUUUAUGUGUUUGGGUCCUGGCCAAACCGCCCUCUCUUGGGUUUCUAUGUCGACUGUUGCAAAAAAGAAAUUACACUCUUUAAGGAGCGCAGUCACCCAGCAGUUGACAGGGCUGCUGGUAUUUGGGGCCCCAGGCCAGCACCUUUCAUCUGGGGCUUUAAGAAGAGCCUGGCGUGGUCUCUUCAAACACUCCAACCAUAAUGACUGAGACGAACACACACAUGCACAGUGCUGACAAGUAUUUUUCGCGUUCCGUAAGCCAGGGCUUUAGGAAUACGGAGGCUACCUGGGACAGCCAGGGUCAGGUGUCUCUCUCUCUGUCUCGUGCUGUCAUAAAGUGACCGGUCUAUCGUUCAAUGAAUGUCAUUAAAUGAAAGAAAACUGAUAAAUGUUCAAGAGCACAGGAGGAUUUUAGUACGAGUUGACAGAAGGGUUCAGGACUCACUAUUGUUCUCCUGCAUUGAAGCGCUCUAUGUUGAACUCCUGCCGUCAACUUUCGGUUACAGAAACAUCCUUUUAUUUAAGACCUGGAAAAAUAGUGUUGAAGUGUUAACACAACAAUGUGCAUGUACCUCAAUUCUGUCCCGGCCCUUUCACGUGACAUUCUGGGCUCUUUCCAAUGGGGGGCUCCCGACAGCUUUUUCCUCUUCCUCUACCCUGAGAGUUGCGGUGGUCUGGCCUUGUUGUUAUGUCUCUUGGAUGUCACUCAGUAAGUGCAGAAUAACUAACAGUGGUUAACCUCAGUGGGGGGAUGGCAUUGCGUGAUGAUGGGCUCAGGGUAACCCAGCCUGAAGAAUGUCUUGCUGUAGAGCAAGAGGAUGUUUCUCAGGCUCCCCUCUCCAUACUCUUACACUGAAUCCAAGUGAAUGAGGUCCAGUGCAUAAUGUGUUUCUGUUAAUGUGUAUACGUGUGUGUGUGUGUGUGUGUGUGUGUGUGUGUGUGUGUGUGUGUGUGAAUAGAAAGAGAAGUGAAAAGAGAGAGAGAAGGGGAUAGAGGGCUGUCUGUGUGUUGUUGGUUGAGUGGGCUUUCCUGCGUGUGCGCACGAUUCUGCAUACGUUUCCGCAUGCUGCGCACAUCAACACUGACUCACACAUCCACUGUCUGGGUCGGUCUCUUAUUCACAUAUUGUGGCGUCUUUGGUCAAGAGACUCCAGACCACUGCAGGUCAUUCCCCUCUCCCACUUUACAGCCGCGAGUUUGUUUGUGUGUGUGUGUGUGUGUGUGUGUGUGUGUGUGUGUGUGUCUGUCAGAAGGGCAUCUCCCAUCUGCUCUUCAACAGAGGAUAUACCAUCACAUUCUUCACAGCCCCAAAAGAGUAGUGGAAUUACUUUGGCAGCCCACCACAGCUGCUAUUAUGGCAGCCCUUUAGGGUAAACACGAGAUGCUCCGGCAAUAUUUCUAAUGUUAUUUGAGGCCACUUCAAAAAAAACAACAACACACAAGCACACUAUAUUUAUAUUUGUCAUAUAUUUGUAUCCGGCCUCAAAAAAAAUGAGAAAUAUGUGAGAUUUGUCUGUGUGUGUGUGUGUGUGUGUGUGUGUGUGUGUGUGUGUGUGUGUGUGUAUGUGUGUAUGUGUGUAUGUGUGUGUGUGUGUGUGUGUGUGUGUGUGUGUGUGUGUGUGUGUGUGCGCGUGUGUUUGUGUGUGUGUUUGUUUGUGCGUUUUUAUGCUCAAGUUCUGGGACAUAUUUAGAUGACAUUGUUUGUUUGCUCUCCUCAAGCCAAAGGAAUGUAGUCAAAAACAAAUCAGCAGAACCAUCCUUUAUUAAUAAGAGCUAUGCUUCUGAUGUGGUCUAUUUCACCUCAGAAUGAUUUACAUGUAGAGGACCCUGGAUAUGUGGUGAAUAGUUGUUGUUUCUUUUAUUAUAUCUCUUAAUGCUAGCUUUGCGUUCUUACCCAAACAGGUCAACCUGGGUUGAACCAUUCCGUUUUACAUUAGGUCGUAAAAAAAAACACCUGCAUUGUAAAAUGUUGAUGGAAUUCUCGUCUGUUAAUAUUGAUAGCCUCAAUUAUUGUUGUAUUCCUGAGGAAGAAUAAAUAAUUAAUGAAUGCAUGCUAUUGUUAUAUAUAUAUACACCCUUAUUUGGGUGUAUUAUUUCAUCUUCAUUCCUGGGACGUAUUCCAAAAUAGAUCAAAAUAGUUUUUCUUGCUGUCUAUUACUUCAAAGGGGAUGCGUUAACCACUGACGGCAGCCAUCCCGCUCGGCCCCUUUUCAUUGGAAGUGUUGUGGUGGAGCAGGCGAGAGGACAAGACACUUCGGAUGUAAGAGAAGAAGAUUAAUUGAUCUCACCCGUUCUUCGAACAGUUCUUCGCUUCCACGGCACCGACAACUCCCGUAAUGAUCACUCCACCGCGCCCCCUGGCGGCCGUCUGCCUGCUACUGCUGCUGGUGCCCGGCUGCCUCGGGACCCCGCAAUACAACAACGGCUUCUAUUACCAUGAUAUUAGUAACGGACACGGAAAUAAAGAGAUCUUCUACGACGGGGUGCAGCUGCACGUGGAGUCCCAGCAGCCCCUGGUGUCCGCCAUUAGGGGCAGCAGCGUCACCCUGCCCUGCCACUUCCGCUACGAGCCCGAGCUGAGCGCCCCGCGCCGGACACGCAUCAAGUGGUCCUGGCUCCCCGCCAGCGAUCGCUACGACGACUUGGACCCGGACACCGUCCCCAACCUCAUCCGGGAGACGGAGGUGAUGGUCGCCAUGGGCAACCGCCACCGCAGCUACGGCGGUUUCCGGGGGCGUGUGCGCCUGCGGCGCUCGGCGCCCGGCGACAUGUCGCUGGUCAUCAGGGAGCUGCAGCUCAACGACACCGGCCGCUACCGCUGUGAGGUCAUCGACGGCGUGGAGGACGAGAGCGUCACGGUGGACCUGGAGAUGAGAGGCGUGGUAUUUCCCUACUACUCCCAGCAUGGAAGAUACCACUACAACUUCCUGGGGGCCCAGGCAGCAUGUGAGGAGCAGGACGCUACUCUGGCGUCGUUCGAGCAGCUGUUCACGGCCUGGGAGGAGGGGCUUGACUGGUGUAAUGCCGGCUGGUUGGCUGAUGGCACCGUGCAGUAUCCAAUCACGACGCCCCGUGCGGGCUGUGGGGGCGUGGCUUUAUCACCUGGAUUGCGUAGCUAUGGACAACGGCAUCGGCUGCUUCACCGCUAUGAUGCCUUCUGCUUCUCUGCCUCGCUCAAGGGGACAGUUUACUUCCUGAUACACCCGUCAAACCUCACCUUCUCGGAGGCCCAGCAGGCGUGCAGGAGUGACGGCGGCCGAAUCGCCACAGUGGGACAGAUCUACGCCGGCUGGAGGCUGAUGGGAUUGGACCGCUGUGACGCCGGCUGGUUGGCUGACGGAAGUGUCCGUUACCCCAUCAUCAAAGCCCGGGCUAACUGCGGGACAGAGGAGCCGGGAGUGCGGAGCUUUGGAUUUCCUGCACAUAACAAGAAAUUUGGUGUCUAUUGCUACCGGUUGACCUAAUCAACGGCACUCGACGAUUACCCAAGAGACAAAUACUACAAACCUAACCAGCAAAACCACAGAGCACUGACUUUAGCGUUUGAAUUCCUGGAAGUUAGCAAUAGCUGAGGUUAACUAGGUUAUUGUUAGUUCUUCACUAUUAUCCAUAUUAUGUUCAUUGUGCAAUCACAAUGUGUUUCAGGCUUACUUCAAAAGGUUUAGAUUCACAACGACACACAUGGAAACGGCUCUGUAGAACCAUCAUCCCCAUUGUUCAUCGCCCUGUUGGCCGCUUGCCUACCAUGCUAAAACAGCUGGUGCCUUCCUGCUACAGGAACUUUAUGGCGAAGAAGUUCAUUUAUUGAUCAUAGAAACUGUGUUUAUGUAAUGCUCUGUACUGAAGUACCACUAUGGAAAAGUAGGCAAUUCUGAAAGUGUAUCUUACUGUAUUAAGUGUAAUGUAUUAUUAUGUGUUGAGAGAUGUGUCAGCCAAGGGCUGUGCUACGAUGCAGCAGCCUUUGUUUGAUAUUAACAAGGUGAUAUAGUAGGGGAGACGCAGGUGUAGCUCACGAUGUUAAUUACAGGCCUACAGUCCCAUAAUUAUCUUAUUUCGCUACACCUGGUUUCACCACUACUUUUGCACCUCUGUGAUAAAGGCCUAUUAUAAUAGCCAUGAAACGUAUACUACCUUUGUUUAAAGCCCUAUUGUAGGAUAAUAGCAUUUUGUAGUUAUUAUACCUCAACAAAGGUUGUCUAUGGGGCUAUGUAUUUUGUAUUAUUUUCUACAAAUGUAAUGCUUUUUUUAUAUGUUAUUGAAAAUCUUGUCCUUUGUUCUGAAA